AAAAGAAAAACGUAGAAGAAGAAAAACGACCCGAAUCCAAGAUGGCGGCCAGUCGACAAUGAAGCGAAAACAAAGUUGUCUGGAAAUAAAACCUUUGCGCGGAUGAAUUCGCGGUUUGGUGGUGUUUUGGUUGGAGUUCGGCGGCUGUAAAGGUUGAAGGAGACGGUGUUUGUUGUGAGGAGAAAAAAGCGGAUCCUGUUUAGCGGUUUUUUAGCGUUUUAUUUUUUCUUCUUCGUGGGUUUUUGUUUUUGAAGAAAAGACAUUGAAGGAAUAAUCACCGGAAGUUGAAGAAAGAGUGAAAAUAUGGAGGAGAAAAGGAGGAGCAGAGAGAACCAGAGCCGCAGCCGCAGCAGCAGCAGCAGCAGUAGUACCGGCAGCAGCAGUGGCAGUGAGUCGAGCAGCGGGCCUUCAUCCCCAGCCAACCCCGGCCGCGGCUCCAAAGGGGGGAGCAGCAGAAGCGCCGCCGCCGGUGGAAGUGGAGGUGGAGGUGGAGGUAACGCCUUCGCGAACGACGGCAGCUUCAUGGAGCUCUUCAAGAAGAAGAUGGAGGAGGAGCGGCGGAGAAAGGAGCAGGACGAGGCGGGCAACGGGCAGGCGACUGAGGACAAGAAGCCCGUUAGCGUGGCCAGCUUUGUGGGCAAGCGCAGAGGCGGCGCCAAGUUGGCACUCAAGACUGGAGUGGUGGCCAAGAAGCAGAAACUCGACUCGGAGGCUGAGACGGGUAAAGGAGACGCCUGGUCUAAGUACAUGGCCGAGGUAAAAAAGUAUAAAGCUCACCAGUGCGGAGACGACGACAAAACCAGACCUCUGGUCAAAUAAGACUGUGGCCGAGCUGUGUGACGUCCUACACCACACACACACACACACACACGCUCAGUCUCAUUCUUCUAUUCAAUUCUUCUUCCUCUUAUAUUUUCCUCUUUUGUGUAUAGGUUUCCUUAUUGUGCCGUGUGUCAUGUGACCUGGAUGCUUUUUUUUUUUUUUUUUAAACACAUCACUUUGAGCAUCAUCUUCAUCAGUGUUGUUGAUUGGAGAGUGUGUGUGUGUGUGUGUGUGUGUGUGUGUGUGUGUGUGUGUGUGUGUGAUGCUCAGUGGUGUGUUGAAGUAUCCUGGUCUGAUGUCACACCUUUCUGAAUCUUUUGUUGUUGGUUUGUUGCUUGUUUCAUGAUGAUGGAUGUGACCUGAAUUCAGUGAUUAAAAGAAAAAGAAACCGA